AUGACCGCAGAGCCCUCGCCCGCAGAGCCAGAGGCAAGUCCUGGCGUCAUGUCCCCCGGCGUCAGCUUGGACUCCCCGCUGCCUGCGGGGCUGCAGUCUCGGUCCAAAGACGGGAUUUUGAUCAAGUUGGAGCCCCGUGGGGGCAGUCCGAGCGCGGAGGACGGAGGCGCUGUCGGUCAGACGGAGGAGCACCUGCCGUCAGGCAGCCGCCGCAGGAAGAGGCCCGUCCAGAGGGGCAAGCCUCCCUACAGCUACAUCGCUCUCAUCGCCAUGGCCAUCGCCAACUCCCCCGAGAGGAAGCUGACGCUGGGGGGUAUUUACAAGUUCAUCAUGGAGCGGUUUCCGUUUUACAGAGAGAAUUCCAAGAAGUGGCAGAACUCCAUCCGCCACAACUUGACUCUCAACGACUGCUUUGUGAAGAUCCCCAGGGAGCCCGGGAGGCCCGGCAAGGGCAACUACUGGACCCUGGACCCCGCAGCCGAGGACAUGUUCGACAACGGCAGCUUUCUGAGGAGAAGGAAACGGUUCAAGCGCACAGAUGUGAGUACCUAUCCCGGAUACAUGCAGAACUCUAGCGCCUUCACCCCGACGCCGAUGGGCCGGCCUUCCUACCCGAACAGCCUUUACGCAGGGAUCGGCUCGGGGUAUGGGUCCCAGCUAACGUCUGCGUCCCCGCAUCCGGCGAUGCUGCAUCACUACCAGAACCCCGCCGGGGUCAGCCAAGGACAGCCGCGGAUGUUCAGCAUCGACAACCUCAUCAGUCAGCAGGCGGUGGUGCAGAGCGGCCCUUCGGCGGAGCUCAACUCCCAGGCGCUGGGAGACCUGAGUACCAUGACCUCCAGCUGCUCUGUCACGGGCACCGACCCGUCCGCCUGUUUCCAGACUCAAACCGUCAACCCGUCAGCGAACAUGCUCAACAGGAACAGCGGGAACCUCUCCUCCAGCUUGAGUGCAGGGUACCCCUACUCCUCCUCUUCGGCCUCUCCUCCCAACCUGCCCUCCAUGAGCCAGGCCGGCUUCUCCCCGGGGGGCUCCCAGGUGUACUGCUCGAGCAACCGGUUGCCCCUGCCCGCCCUGCGCCCUGGAUCCUGCGCCGAGCACGCGGAGCAGCUGCUGGGCCUCCCGAGCUCCAUGAACUCCUACAACAGCGGCUACAUGCGCCAGGCCAACUUUGCGUCAGGACUGGAGCGCUACAUGUGA